CUCUCGCGGCAGGUCCGUGCGUCGCGCUCGCGGCGGAUCAGACGCUCCAUAUUUAGCUGAAGCGAGUAUCGCAGAGGCACUGAGUGUCAGAGAAACCCUGCGAGAGAGAGAGAGUUCAGCUCCCAACUUAUUUCGUGUCACCGUCGGCGUAAAACGAAGGGAGUACGCGCCAUCGAAAAGCCUCGAGCUUCGAGGACGGAAUUCAUGGAGGAUCGGGGACUUUCGCGGAUUUUUCCCCUCACAGAUGGGAAUGUAGCUUAGCUGGUUAGCCUGGCCGCUAGCAGUAGCAGGCUAGCUGUGUCGAAGAGCGGAGGCGACAUAAGUUGACUUUUACUCGCUAUAACGUCAUAACACCUCAACAAACCGCCUCAGUCUUUCCAAAGACGCGUUUCUGAAGGCGUCGCCGUCACAGAAACAGCGAUUCGGGACUGUAUUCAGGGGAACUUCUCGUCUUAGCUGGCUGGCUAGCUUGCCGUCACGUCAGUCUGUCAAUCGAACCUGAAAUCCAGACCGGAUAGUUCGAGCCACAUACGGAGGCACCGAACCUCCCCCUCUCCUCUGAUAUACGAGCUUCUGGGACACUGGAUUAUUAGGAGCCCUUAAACUGAGGAAACGCUCGCAUUGGGUUAACGGAACCGUAGAGUUUCUGAAGUUCGUCUACUGCGAGCCGGGGACGGAACCGGACAGAGACCUCAUGAAUGGAAAUCGGAACUACAGGAGACGUUGGGGCCCAGGCCCUGUUCUCCGUGCCACGGAGGCCCGGCUAUGGCACCGUGGGGAAACCCAUCAAGCUGCUGGCCAACUGCUUCCAGGUGGAGAUCCCCAAGAUGGACGUCUACCUGUAUGAGGUGGACAUCAAGCCUGAGAAGUGUCCACGCCGCGUGAACAGGGAGGUUGUGGACUCCAUGGUGCAGCACUUUAAAGUCACCAUCUUUGGGGAUCGAAGGCCAGUUUAUGAUGGGAAGAAAAGCCUCUACACCGCCAACCCACUGCCUGUGGCGCCUGCGGGGGUGGAUCUGGACGUUACGCUGCCAGGGGAGGGGGGUAAAGACCGACCCUUUAAAGUCAGUAUUAAAUUUGUGUCGCUGGUGAGCUGGCACCUGUUGCACGAGGUACUAACCGGUCGCAGUACAUCAGAGCCGCUGGAGCUGGACAAGCCAAUCAGCACCAACCCAGUUCACGCUGUGGACGUGGUGCUACGCCAUCUACCCUCCAUGAAGUACACACCCGUGGGCCGCUCGUUCUUCUCUGCCCCGGAGGGCUACGACCAUCCUCUGGGUGGAGGCAGAGAGGUGUGGUUCGGCUUCCACCAGUCUGUUCGGCCGGCCAUGUGGAAGAUGAUGCUCAACAUUGACGGUUCUCUCUUUCUCUCUGACCAAGUUCAACAGCAGUUCAUGUGUGAGGUACUGGACAUCCACAACAUCGACGAGCAGCCUAGGCCCCUCACAGACUCCCACCGAGUCAAAUUCACCAAAGAAAUCAAAGGUCUGAAGGUGGAGGUGACACACUGCGGAACCAUGCGGAGGAAGUACCGGGUCUGCAAUGUGACCCGCCGGCCCGCCAGCCACCAAACGUUCCCUUUGCAGUUGGAGAACGGCCAAACUGUAGAGCGAACAGUAGCUCAGUAUUUCAGAGAGAAGUACAGCCUGCAGCUCAAAUACCCCCACCUGCCCUGCCUACAGGUGGGCCAGGAGCAGAAACACACCUACCUGCCCCUGGAGGUGUGUAAUAUUGUAGCAGGGCAGCGGUGCAUCAAGAAACUGACAGAUAAUCAAACGUCCACCAUGAUCAAAGCCACAGCGCGAUCAGCACCAGACAGACAGGAGGAGAUCAGCAGACUGAAUCUCCAAACAGGAGUGGAGAGGCAGCGUGGGUGGAAAGCAUCUGACGAGGCCAAUGAAAUGUACCAAACGAAAAAGUCUCACUUUGAGACGGAGCUAAAAAUACCUCGUUCUUUGAGUUCAGUCAUUGGACAGCUUCAUGAGUUCCUCUCAUGUUCAGUGUCAGUGUCAGACGUAUGCUGUUGUGUUUGUGCUCUCACACGUCCUGUGCAGCAGAUCAACCUUGAGCUGUCGUUACAGAACCGCACUGUAGCCACACCCAGCCAUGGAGUUUGGGACAUGAGAGGGAAACAGUUCCACACCGGGGUGGAGAUCAAGAUGUGGGCCAUCGCCUGCUUCGCCACACAGAGACAGUGCAGAGAAGAGAUCCUCAAGCCGUCAGUGUUUCAGCAGCCAGUCAUCUUUCUGGGGGCGGAUGUGACGCAUCCACCUGCAGGAGACGGGAAGAAACCCUCCAUUGCAGCGGUGGUGGGCAGUAUGGACGCUCAUCCCAGCAGGUACUGCGCCACGGUGCGUGUCCAAAGACCCAGACAGGAAGUGAUUCAGGACUUGGCCUCUAUGGUGCGAGAGUUACUCAUUCAGUUCUACAAGUCCACUCGCUACAAACCCACUAGAAUCAUCUUCUACAGAGACGGCGUGUCUGAGGGCCAGUUUAGACAGGUAUUGUAUUAUGAGCUGCUGGCCAUUCGAGAGGCCUGUAUCAGUCUGGAGAAGGAGUACCAGCCUGGCAUCACGUACAUAGUGGUGCAGAAACGCCACCACACGCGCCUCUUCUGUGCCGAUCGCAAUGAGAGGGUGGGUCGCAGCGGAAACAUUCCUGCUGGUACGACAGUCGACACGGAUAUCACACACCCCUACGAGUUUGACUUUUACCUCUGCAGUCAUGCUGGAAUACAGGGCACCAGCCGACCCUCCCACUACCAUGUCCUGUGGGACGACAACUGCUUCACUGCUGAUGAGUUCCAGCUGCUCACUUACCAGUUGUGCCACACGUACGUGCGCUGCACCCGCUCCGUCUCCAUCCCCGCGCCAGCCUACUACGCCCAUCUGGUGGCCUUCCGUGCGCGAUACCACUUGGUGGACAAAGAACACGACAGUGCCGAGGGAAGCCACGUCUCCGGACAGAGUAACGGUCGGGAUCCCCAGGCGCUGGCCAAAGCUGUGCAGAUUCACCACGACACCAUGAGGACCAUGUACUUUGCCUAAGCCAGCUCACAUCCAUCCCACGUUCGACUAGUCACGCACACGAACCCGACAACCGCAUACACAUGCCAUCACAUCUCCCAAAAGCCUGUGCAUCCCUGUGGGUCGAUCACUGUGGCGAUGGAAGCGCGGCCCGCCCCGACACUGUGCAGCAGGAUGAGGAAGGCCUGCUUUAAUUCCACACGUGGACCUCGGCACUAUUAUGCAAUAUUAAACCAGCCAACUGAGGCCGUUCUGUCAUAUCCCCUC